AUGAUUAAUAAGUAAAAUCAAUUACCUAAACAUCCUAACAUCUCCUUUAAAUAAUACUGUGAAUAGUUUGUCAAAGAAAGUCCUAAGGCUAAACUUAAUAAAACAACUUAUGUUUUAGAAAAUUUACAAUUAAAUAAACUUAGGGAUAAACAAAAAGAAUAAUUCUAAACUUUUAUCGAGGAUCACAUUUCAUAAACUAGAAAAAUUAGAGAUUAUGCAUAAUAUGAUGCCACCAUUGUUAUGGGACUUACUCCUAAGUGGCAAAGACCAAAAAAUGAUUAUUUUAAAUAAGAAAUCCCCCUUAUUAAACAUUAAUUAGAUAUGAGAUGUACCAGAUAAUGUUAAGACCUCAAUUUUGAUUCCUGGAGGCGAAUUGAUUAAGCUAAUUAAAAAAGAGUAAGAGGUUAUUCUAUUGAUUCAACUAUCAAAAAAACUAAUCGAAAAACAUACUCAUUUGCUUAUCGAUUUUCAUGA